GGUGUGUGCGGUUGUCAGACUGCUGUCAUAAAGAGAACACAUCCACUGUCAUCGUUUGGGAUCAGGAAUAUCAUACAAGCAGGAAAGUUACUGGGACCGCCUCGCACGAUAAGAUCCAGUUUGAGUCAGGUCGCAACUGGAACUCUAACAUUUGCUGUAUCUUUUGGACUUUGUCAAUAUUGAUCGUUUUUUUUCACUGCAAUUCCCAAGGCUUGUCGUUCCUGGGAAGGUGCCUUUUUCUAUGGUUUGCCACCACCCUGACUGCCAAGGCCUGAAUAGCAAAAGCCCCCUACACCUGUGUGAGUCAUGUGACUCACGUUCCCACUUGGAGAAGAACGACAACAUGCACUUUGACCGGCACCCCCGAUUUGACUUACAACCUCAAGCUUCCAUCCUGGCCCGGAACGUGUCCACGCGAUCCUGCCCGCCACGCACCAGCGCCCCCUCCGACCUCGAAGAAGAAGAUGAGGGGAGCAGUGACCGUGGGGAGAAGAAAACUGGGGGUAUGAAGCUGGUGAAGAAGAAGCCAAGGAGGAGACACACUGAUGACCCCAGCAAAGAGUGCUUCAGUCUUAAGUUUGACCUCAACGUGGACAUCAACACAGAAAUAGUGCCCGCCAUGAAAAAGAAAACCCUGAGAGAGGUUCUAGGUCCAGUGUUUGAGAGGAACGGCAUCGAGCUAUCCCGUGUCGACUUGUUCUUGGAUCAGUCCAACACGCCGCUGUCCCUCAAUUUUGAGGCCUAUCGAUUUGGCGGACACUACCUCAAAGUCAAAGCACGGCCUGGCGACGAGCUAAAAGUGGAACAGGGGGUGAAGGACAUGAGGUCGCUGAGCUUGCCCAACAUGAAGCCCGCUGGGAGUCAGACCCCAUACAUCCUCACACCAGCCAAUGAGAGGGUGGAGCACGGAUCUCUGGGACGUCGCGAGGGCGCCGAUCCGUUGGGUCAGUCUCGGCGGAGGAAGAACAUGACCGAGUUUCUGGGAGAGACCAACAUUCCCACACCAGAUACGCUCGGUCAGCUCGGUGGCUCGCUGCCCGGCUCCGGUCCUGACAGUUGGAAGAACCGAGCCGCCAGCCGCUUCAGUGGCUUUUUCAGCUCCAACGCCGCAGCAGCAUCCUUCGGCAAGGAAGUGGACCGACUGGAGCAGCUUCAUAGCAAGCUGCACUCGUACACAUUAUUCGGGCUGCCCAAGGUGCCGCGGCUGCUCUCCUUCCACCAGGACUCCUGGGAGGAGGAGGACGAGCAGGAGCCCGACUUGGUCCUGGAAGACAGCUGGCGGAUGUUACUGGACAAUGCUGAGACUUUGACACGGAGACAGUUUCACCAACAGGAGGCAAUAUGGGAGCUGCUGCACACAGAAGCCACCUACAUUAAAAAACUCCGAGUCAUCACUGAUCUCUUCCUCUGCGGCCUGCUCAACCUUCAGGAGAGUGGCCUGCUCACCGAAGUGGAACCCCAGCGGCUCUUCAGCAACAUCCAGGAGAUAGUGCGUCUGCACACGGCCUUCUGGAACCAAGUCAUGCUCCCCCUGUUAGACAAAGCCAGGCAGGCGCGGGCUCUUCUCGACCCCACCGACCUUGAGCACGGAUUCAGGACGUUCGCCUCCAGGUUCAAACCUUACAUCCGCUACUGCAUGGAGGAGGAAAACUGCAUGGAGAACAUGCGAGCACUUCUCAGGGACAAUGAACUCUUCAGGACCUAUGUUACGUGGGCAGAGACGCACAAGCAGUGCAAUCGUCUGAAAUUGGCAGACAUGUUAGCAAAACCUCAUCAGCGGCUGACCAAAUAUCCCCUCCUGCUCAAGAGCGUGCUCAAGAAGACGGAUGAGCCCAACGACCGAGAUGUCAUCGGCAGCAUGGUGGCCUCGGUGGAGGGCUUCAUCGACAGCAUCAACUCCCACAUGCGUCAGCGUCAGGAGCAGCAGAGGCUGGCCACCACAUGUGCCCGCAUCGACUCCUACGAGGCAGUAGAGGGCAGUAGCGAGGAGGUGGAGAAGAUCCUCAAGGAGUUCAACCACUUUGACCUCAUGGCUCCCAUGAGAGGAACGUCUCCCGAGGAGACUCGGCAGCUUCACCUGGAGGGCGCUCUAAGGAUGAAGGAGGGCAAAGACAGCCGGAUGGACGUCUACUGCUUCCUUUUCACUGACAUGCUCCUCAUCACAAAGCCCGUGAAGAGAGUUGAGAAGGUCAAAGUCAUCCGGCAGCCUCUCCUCAUCCACAACGUCGUCUGCAAGGAGCUGAAAGACACAGGAUCCUUCAUCCUCAUCUACCUCAAUGAGUUCAGGAGCGCUGUGGCUGCCUACACCUUCCAAGCCAACAGCGCCCCCCAGGGGAGAAGCUGGAUUGAGGCAAUCUGCAACGUCCAGAACCAACUCCAGAGGCUCCGCAACGAGGAAGUGAUUCGACUGCAGAAUUCUCAGACGAGUUGCACGGAGGCUGAAGAAGAGCGAGAUGAGGAAGACGAGAGCAGCAACUCCAACGCGAGUUCCCCGUGUCUGAGGCACAAAGAUGAGCAUGACUUAAGUCAAUCAGAUGGUUCCACUGAGACGUUGUCAGUGAUGGAUGUCGAUGAGCCGGCCGAAUCGCAAACACCUUCUGCCGCUAUCGUUAGCCUCGAGGGACACAGCAAUGUAGCCGAUAGUGUCUCUGCCCUGUCGGACGUUGAGCGGCCCACAGCUCUUCACAGGACCAGCUCCGCCGUUUACUCUGAGGUGGAUCAGGAGCCGGAUCCCGAGGGCGACGAGCUUGACCCUCAGUGUCGCUCUCUGUCCAUGGACAGCGCCUACGGUACACUCUCCCCGGAGUCACUCCUCAGGGAACUUCAGCCCCCGCAAAGUGAAGAAGAUGGCACAGAGGAGGCAGAAGAGGAAGAUGAAGAAGAGGAGGAUUCUGCUUCGCUUGGCUCGCAAUUGUCAGUGGUCCAGCCGUGCAAACCUCGUCGACGUCCUCAUGUGCAGUCAAGAGUCCACUGCCUCCAGAACGUGUCCACUCUGGUCUUAUCGCGCUCCGAGGACAACCUUCUGCAGCGCCUCCACGCCAAAACGGCGCCCUCGCUCAACAGCGCUGAGCCGUCGCCAACGGACGCGGCCUCACUGGUGCACAGCAAGAGCUUGUCGGAGCUCGGGAGUAAGGACGCCGACUUCCCAGAGGAUCCCCGCUGCGCUGUCCUCAAAGAGGGCGGUCCUUGCGUCGCAGACGUAGAAGCUAAGAGGAAGUCGGAUCCGACUGGCUGCAAUUCGGGAGAAAUUUUGCCCAUAGCAAGGAAAUCGCCGGUGCAGCAGCACCAAAAACUGACGCUAGCAGAGCUUUAUCGAAUACGCACCACUUUGGUCCUCAACUCCACGCUUACCGCAUCAGAGGUGUAACCACCAACUUGACUUUCUUCCCGGAGACAUGACUGCACUCUGUCUUGUUAAUAACCCCCCCCCCCCCACACACCUCCUCUCUUUCUCAACGCCGCUCCGGGCAGCCGAUGCACGUGGUCAACAACAACAAGCACCGCUACGGUCGUCCCCCGGGAGCCUGCAGCCGAGAGACUCCUUCACUGCUUGCACUUUGCAGAGGACGUAGCACCACAAGGGGGCGCCACUGACCUUUCACUAGAGAACGUGAGGGGUCGUCCGCACCUCUUGAACAAGACCCAGAGUGGGUGUUGUUGAGACUUUUUGAUGUGCUUCAACAAGAGGAAAGGUAAUUGCACAUUUGUAAAGGAAAACAAGAAGAGUCACUAGGGAGUAAAACUACAUUUGUGUUUGAAUCAUCAAUGACCAAAAGUGGACCAAGCAACCAAAGACAUUUUUUCAGAAUUAUUUUCUCUUGGUUAGCGUUCUUGCUUCUAGUUUUGGUUGAUUUUCUUGCCCAGUAAGGUGCGGGGGGGAGCUAGACCAUGACCAGAACGGGAGUGACUGUUGAGGGCUUUGCUGCACUACGACGUAUUGCAACACACACGACCUCUUCUUGCCGGUCGUGUUUUUGCUUUUGUAGCAAGAUUGGGAAAAAAAUUGUUUGGAAGAGGAUGUCGAAUAUUACGAGUAUAUUACGCCAAUUCUUCCCAGGAGAUAAAACACUUUAACACUUAGCUUUCCAAACAAAGAUUUUGUCUGUUUACUUUUGUUUUGUUAAUGUUGAAUAUUUAUUUUGUACAAAGGAGCAUGAAUGUCUCACUGAAGAGAAAAAAAAAUGCUGUUCUGAAAGGGCAAAGUUACAAGAUUACAGUUGUAAUGCCAUGAGAAAAAGGUAAAAUAUUAAGGGAAUGAAGGUGUAAAUGUAAGAGAUUAAGUUAAUCUGAAACCCAAACUAUGUUGAUAAUAAAAUAAUUUACAAGAAAGAAAUUGCAAAAAUAGUUUCAUCCCAGGAAAAAAAACAUUUUGUAUUAUUGAUCACAGUUCUUUUGAGAGAGAAUAUAUAUUUUCUUUCACAAGUCCAAUUCGGGCCUUUUCCUUUGUUUCAAUGGGAAUUUAUAUGUAGUGAUAUGAUUUCAUUCUGAUAUUGUAACGUUUUUUUUUUCCCUCUCCAAUGUGGUCAAUAUGCUUCUUUGUUAUUUUGCUUAUGUAUAAAUAUAAAUAAGAUGUUGUUAAUAUUGUUGUGCUUCCAAUAUUUGUACAUUAUUUUUUGUUGACGUAGUCUAAAAAUGAGUUUUCUUGUCGGCCACCAAUGUGCUGCCAACUGAAAUCAUGUGUUUCCUGACUUAAAAAGUGUCUUACGGAAUAAAAAAAAAAAGAAUGCAAACGUGU